CAUUUCCGGGUCCUUUUCAGCUCACAUGGCUGACUCGGAUGGGUUUAUUGUGGUUAAGAAGGGUAAAGGUAGGCGACCAAGGCCAAACAGAGACUGUGUGUCAAGUUCAACAGAGGUGUUUGAUCGCAAUAAAAGUGAUCACGAUAUCGACUUGGGAAGAGUGAAAGAAAAGAUACAUUUGUUGAGAGAUGAAUUGAAGUGCAGUGAGUUCUACACCAAUGUUCUAGAUCAGUUGAAACAGUGUUGUUUGACUGUUUACCAAGAGAGAAAAAAGCAGGAUUCUGAAAGUCGGUGUGAUGCUGAUCUGGAGGAUGUUGAAAGAGAUGUGGCUGGGCUCUGUCUCAAUGACCCUCCCAAAAACACGACCCUCCCUCCAGACAUGGAGUGUAUUUGUUACGGCGUGGGCAACAUCUCCGGAAACAUCAUUGCACAGUAUCAGCUGGGUCUCGUCAUGGCGCUGAGGGAGGACUUCAAGCUGGACCAAGACAGGUGCUUCAUGUUUGAUCCAGUCUUCACUGAGGGAGAGAAGCAGACCCUUCGAGAUCUUCACUUCAGUAUUAUUCCUGUAAACGAGGAAGGCAAGAGGCGCUGUCCUAGGCCAGCAUUGUUCUUUCUCCCGCACUGUGGCAAGGCGUUCUACAACAACCUUUUGUGGUGCAACUGGCAGCCACAGACGCUCUGCAACAUCGUCAUCAUCGGAAACAGCUUCAAGGCCAUGGUUGAAAGGACUCCUGAGCGACUUUUAAAAGAAACUGGAUUAUAUAUAAUGAAGAUUCAGGAGUACACAGCUGAGAUCCCUGUAAGUCAAGCCUUUCAUCACAGCGACGUCUUCAACGACAUGGCCAUCCACUACUUCCCUCUCCAUCGGCUGACCACUGCUCCCAGGGAAUUGUGGGAGGCCCAUGAUGCACCUGUGUACAGCCAACAUGAUGCAGAGAUAAUACUUAGCUGA